GGCUUACUUUGCAAUCUGAUGACAGGGUUCCAUAAAAGAAAGUUCGAUGAUGAACUCUCUAUCGUCUCUGUUACACCUGAAGUUAAGCGGCCAAGGAGGUCAUCAUCUAAAGUUAUCGACUACUCUCAACCAUUUGCCGUCAGUAACAUGCUUCAAGCUUUAGAUGGUGGUAAGUUUGGAAGUGUUACGAAAGAGCUGGAAGAAAUUGCUGAUAUGAGGCUGGAAUUGGUGAAGCAUUGUAUCUCGAGGUACCCGUCGCUGGCGAAUAUGGAGUUCGGAGAAGGCAAGAGACAGAGGAUGGAGCCUGUGAGUUUGGAAAAUCCACAGGUCGUGGAAGGUGUCAUCGAGUUGGAUGAUGAUGAUGAUGAUGAUGAUACUGCUGCUUCAAAGAAAGCUCUCUGUGUGGUUCCUUCGAAUGAGAUUGUCAUUCUUGAUUCUGAUGAUGAAGACUGUGAGAGUCAGAGGCCUUCGUAUCCGUUUCAGUCAAGUCUUGUGCUGCAUCAUAAGAAUCAAGAGGAUGUGGUGCCAGUAACUCCGCAGGUCUUUUUCGAUGAUGUCCUUUCGGGGAACGGAAAGGAGUUGUCUUUUGCCGUUAAACCCAUGGAUGAGGGACAAACAAGCAGAGACAAAGUCCUCCCUAUAGAAAAUGGUAUGGUUCAUGACAAUGGUGUCUACAUGGGACAAACAAGCAGAGACAAAGUCCUACUCAUAGAAGAUGGUAUGGUUCAUGACAAUGGUGAGUACGUGGGACAAACAAAGAGUGACAAAGUCCUUCCUAUAGAAAAUGGUAUGGUUAACGAUAAAGGUGUCUACGUGGGAGUUGAGGAAGAUGACAGUGAUGAUGAGUCUGAAUCAGCAGAUGGGGAUCUUGGUAAUAUCUGGAAUGCAAUGGCCAUGGAAAUAGCGUUUUCCAAGGAUGGAGCCGGUGAGACUUCACCUAAGGAACCAAAGGCAGAUGAAGUGGAAGACUGUGAGCACUCGUUUAUUCUAAUGGAUGACAUGGGUUAUGUUUGCCGUGUCUGCGGAGUUAUUGAGAAGAGUAUUUUACAAAUAAUUGAUGUGCAGUUCAGUAAAGCGAAAAGAAACACGAGAACAUAUGCCUCUGAAACUCGGAAUAAAAGGUUUGGCGAAUCUGAUGUUGAACUUAAGCUAUCUGAAGAAGGGCUGAUGAUAGGUGGACUUUCGGCUCAUCCGACGCAUGCCAUCAAAAUGAAGCCUCAUCAAGUUGAGGGGUUCCAGUUCCUUUGCAGCAAUUUAGUGGUAGAUGAUCCUGGUGGUUGUAUCAUGGCGCAUGCUCCAGGUUCUGGAAAAACCUUCAUGAUCAUCAGUUUCAUGCAGAGCUUCCUUGCAAAGUAUCCACAGGCUAAGCCGCUGGUUGUGCUUCCAAAGGGAAUUUUGUCUACAUGGAAGAGAGAGUUCGUGAGAUGGCAAGUUGAGGACAUACCACUUCUUGAUUUCUACAGUGUUAAAGCAGACAACCGUACACAGCAGCUGGCUAUUUUGAAACAGUGGAUGGAGAAGAAGAGUAUUUUGUUUCUCGGGUACAAGCAGUUCUCAACUAUUGUAUGUGGAGGUGAUGAUGAUGCAGCUACAAGUACCGACUCGCGUGCUUGCCAGGAGAUACUGCUCAAAGUACCUUCGAUCCUCAUUAUGGACGAAGGGCACACUCCAAGGAAUGACGAGACUAAUAUAGUGCAGUCCCUUGGCAAAGUCCAAACACCAAGGAAAGUUGUACUCUCAGGAACGCUUUAUCAGAACCAUGUCAAGGAGGUUUUCAACAUUUUGAAACUCGUUCGACCCAGAUUCCUCAAACUGGAUACCUCCAAGUCUAUCGUGAAAAGGAUCUUGAGCCGUCCUCAUAAAUCCGAGGUCAGGUCUCAUUUGGGAAGCAACUCAGAGGUGUCUUCGGCUUUCAAUGAAUUUGUGGAGCACACACUGCAGAAAAGCAAGGACUUCAAUGUGAAAAUUACCCUGAUCCAAGAUUUGCGAGAGAUGACAAAGAAAGUGCUUCAUUACUAUAAAGGAGAUUUCUUAGACGAGCUUCCUGGACUUGAUGAUUUUACCGUCGUUCUUAAUCUAUCCCCGAAACAGUUGGCUGAAGUGAAGAAGCUAAGGCGUGAAAAGAGAAAAUUCAAGGUUUCGUCUGUGGGAAGUGAGAUUUACCUUCAUCCAAAGCUGCACGCUUUCUCUGAGAAGACUGAUGAUAUCUCUGAUGCAACCAUGGACGAAAUGCUAGAGACGCUAGAUGUGAAUGAAGGCGUCAAGGCAAAGUUUUUCCUCAACUUGAUAGACCUGUGUGACUCAGCAGGCGAGAAGCUCUUGGUCUUCAGCCAGUAUCUCAAGCCGCUCAAGUUUCUUGAAAGACUAGCUGCUGUAUCCAAGGGAUGGAAACUAGGGAGAGAAGUCUUUGUUCUUACAGGCAAAUCCAGCCCCGAGGAGCGUGAGUUGUCAAUGGAAAGGUUUAACAAUUCGCCAGACGCCAAAAUCUUCUUCGGCUCGAUCAAAGCCUGUGGAGAAGGAAUCUCACUUGUUGGAGCAUCUCGCAUACUGAUAUUGGAUGUUCCUCUAAACCCUUCUGUGACACGCCAAGCGAUCGGAAGAGCUUUUCGACCCGGACAAACGAAGAAGGUGCACGUGUACAGAUUGAUCGCUGGGUCAUCACCUGAGGAAGAGGAUCACAACACAUGCUUCAAAAAAGAAGUUAUCUCGAAGAUGUGGUUCGAGUGGAACGAGUUCUGUGGAUACCAGAACUUCGAGGUAGAGACAAUCGAUGUGGAUGAAGCUGGUGAUAGGUUCCUUGAAAGCCCUUCCUUAAGAGAAGACAUAAGAGUUCUCUACAAAAGGUAA